AUGCAUACAUACACUGUUACUCCAAAGAACAGCCAUUCUGUUAAGAAAUUCUCUGGCCCGUUCGAAAAUUGUAUCCCAAAGUUUUUACUCAGGAGGACGAUUAGGGUCCUCAACCAAAGCCUUUGGCUCAAAAGCCUAACCGCAAGGCAGCGGUGUUUGGCGGGAAAUGCAAAUGCAUUACCAUUUCUACGAAACAAGUCGCCACAUGUUCCAACCCCCAACCUGGAUGACCAACCUGGUAUGAGAGACUCUAAACAGUUGCCAAAAAAAUCGUUCAGCUGUAGCACCCUUUCGGUGCUUAACUGCCAUGCCAUCCGAAGGAAGCCAGGUUGUCCAAGCCUAGACAGGGGAAGUCGAGAGGCAGAGAUCGGGUUCGAACCACAGAUCAUCCGGCAAAUAAAUUCCCUCUAA